UCAAUGUGCCACUUUGUUUCAUUUAAAUUAUAUAGGCAUUUAUUAGUGUAAAUAAUACUACCAUCUAGCGAGACUUCAUGAAGCAUUUUGCGUCAAUCAUUGAAACAUUCAUCUUAUUAAGCACAUCAAUUAUUCUUUGUUCAUGUUCAACAGAAACAACAAAAUGUGAAACGGGCUUCAAAAACUGCUGUGCCAAUUACAAGUGGAAUAACGAAACCCAACAAUGCGAAAAAUGUUUACCCGGAUACAGUGGAGAUUAUUGUAGUCAAUCAUGUCCUUAUCCUUUUUAUGGAGACGAGUGUCAGGGUAAAUGUGACUGUGACAACGAAGCUUGUAAUGUUUCCACGGGUUGUAAAAUUGUUAUCACUGGUAAGAAGAUUUUUAAACUGAUAUUUAGAUCUAAUUACUCGUUAUAA